AUGGGCUUGCCCAGCCGUCGCACCCCGCCCACGCCUCCGAUUCUUGACGGUGCGUCGCCUGCCUGCCUCCCGCCCUCGCCGUGACUCUCCCCUCUCGCCAGGCGCUCUUCGGCACUGCAGCAAGAGGCAGCACGCGCUGCGCCGGGGAGCCCGCGCGCACAGCCACUUUCCCGCCUCCUUCCUCCUCCUCCUCCUCGGGCUCUUGUCACGCCUCGCGCUCCUGCCUCAGGAGAGAGGAGCAGAGGGCGGGCGCGGUGCGUCGGGACUGAGUGGGGGGAAACACCGCCAUACGCCGCCACCUCCGUGGAGCCGCAGCAGCGCUUACCACGCCGCGCUCGGAGCGGCAGCGUGAGGCGAGGGAGGCGGCUGCGGGCUGCAGUUCCAGCCGGUAAGUGAGCGAAGCUUCCCUUCCUCAGGAACUGCUCGCAGUCCCGAGGAACUUUUUUCACCUCACGGUUGGGGCUGCAGCCGCCUCUGAGGCGUCGAACUUUCCCCUUGUGGCGGGAACGGGGCCGCUUUGGCGGCGGGACAAGAUGGCGGGAAGCGGCGACCCCUCCGGGAAGCAGAAGUUCUGCCGAGUUCCGCGGGACCUUUUUGCCUCGGAGGAGCGGGCGGCGGCUUCGCAGCCUCAGCUUAGGCGCGCUUACUCGGAAGGAAGCGUGCGCAGUAGGAUCGCAGCCCUUUGGGGGACCACGUCAAGGGGGGCCCGAGGGGGAAAGCCCCCCAGCUUGGCGCGCGACCCUGCCAUGAUCACCGUGCAGGACCCUCCCUGCCAUCCUGCAGUCGUUGUCUCUCCAGUCUCCCUAGUCAGGCUCCUUUCCCCCUUCUUUUCUGACGGAUUCCGCCCUCAAAGAAAAACCCCACAAGAACUUCGCGGGGAGGGGAGGGGAGGCGCGCAAAGGAGGCUCCGAGGUGGGAGAAAGUGUUUGCAGAAGGCAGAUGCGGGAGGUAGUGGCGGGGAAGCCUCGAACGCGGGGAAAUGCAAAAGGUGCAGCGUGCAUGCAUGCCGGCUGCAAAAAAAAACCCCAGCCAGACUUUUUGCAGCGCGAUGCGUCGGGAAAAGCCACGAGGCGUUGCAAAGUGCAUUAGGGUGGAAACAACAACCUGGGCACUUGCUUCCCGUAGGAUGAAUCUGCAAGAUUCUUUCCCCCUCCCUCCGAAGCUUGCAAAGUUCUUCGGGGGUUGGUUAGGCGCCAGGAUCCGAAAAGUCUUAAAGGAAAGGGCAUUGUUGUUGUUUAAAUCGCCGCAUACUUGGGCGAAAUGGAACGAGCAGCUAGCAGUUGAGGGAAUCCCGUCCCGGAACCUUGCUGUUUCUUUCCCAUCUCUUUGCUUACACCCUCCCCAAUCCAUCCUCCCUUUCCUCUCCGCUGCGGGUCUGCAGCCCCCGGGGCAAAGAAGGACCGUCGUCAGGUGGGGGCCGGCGAAGCUGACUCAGCAUACCCGGGGACUUCGAGGGGGCUGGAGGCGCGUGUGUGCUCCAGCUCGGCGCGUGCGUCUCCCCGGAGUCGCUGCUGGGAAUCCCCCCCUCGCGCGCGCCUGGGGAGCGCGAAACGAAUGGCUGGAUGCUGACGGUGGUCGGGGUGGGUGGGCUUACUGGGGGUUGCCUCUUGGACAUGUGAGCAGAAAACGGGGUGUGUGGGGUGGACUGGGGGGGGGGGAGGCAUGCAGAAUAAAGAGCUCGCCGCCUUGUUUCUGCCAAGCCACGUUGAGAUACUUUGGCCUUUGGUGACCAAUAGCACCCAGGACUCUUUCCCGCAUCAGGGUACGAUGCCGGUAAUGAUGGCUUCCUGUGGCUUCAUAUUCCUGUGGAAUCCAAUGUUCUAUAGAGUUGUAUGGAGCUGUGGGGUGCAUUCCCCUUCUCAGCCUGCAAGCCCUCGCUCCCCCCUCCAAAUAAGCUAUGAGUGAUGGUCCUAGAAGGGGCAGAAUGCGGAGAGAAGUCUCCAUCUAGCUCCUAGUGCCCUACCUGUAUUGGGCUGCAUUGUACUGCAGUGCAGGGAGCUGACAACAACUAGAUGUGUGCAUAUGAUGCUCUCUGUCUGUGUGUGUUUUGAGAAAGAGAGAGAGAUGGUACCCAGAUGUGAUCUAGAAGCACUACAGGGCUGAAAAUGGAAUUUAGAAAAGAAUCAACAUGCUUCAUUAUUAUUUUUUAAGAAGCUGCUGAAGAAAGCCUGUAUUUUUCCACCCUCCAAUAAUUAUUGAAAAUUAUUUGAGUAUUUGUUGGGAAGCCCUAUCUACCAGAAAAAAAGAUAAUACAUAUAACAGGUCCACUAUUUGUGUGUUUUGAUUUUAAUUGAUUUUGUGUUGGGUGAUAUGAAUGACUGCUUCCAUAAAAGAUCCACUCAGAUUCUACUAUAGCAAACGCAACGCCGAAAGCUUUCAUUCUCAUUUAAAUAUGUCGUAAAAUCUUGCUUAUCUCAAAAUUUUGGCCCACGAAAUUCUGAAGCCUUUCUAAAUAUUUAAAGUGCUUUUUAUUAUGUAUGAUAAUAUAAUAAAGCUACAUUUUGUUAAAUAACUUUGCAAGUAGUUCUCAUGCGUACUGGUGUGUCUGAAAUAACAUUAUGUGGAAAAAGAAGCAUAAGGUUGGACGCUCCUACAGUUACUUUUCAUGUAUAUUAAUUUAAUAAAGCUAAUCUAUAGCAUCAGUAAGCACGUACAAAGCAAUUCUAUUCUCUAGCAUGAUGAGUAGCUCUAAAUUAGGUUUACACCAAGUGCUUUCUUUUUAUAUAUUUCAAAACCCAUUUUAAAAGACAGCAUUCUAGAAUGAACAUGUGAUGCAUUCCCCUUGAUUUUGAACAAAUAGAUUAGGAAAGAGAAAGAAAGGACAAAAGCAUCUUGGGCAGCCUUUGGCUGCAUUAUGGACUGGACAUUGAUUGCAGAUGUAAUAAAUGGCAUGUGAUAAGAGUGAUUGGAAGGUUGAUAAAUGCGUCAUAUUUAAAACGUAGGCAUGUAGGAUAUAUUAAAAUGUUUUUUAAAAAUAUGAGCUGAAAACCAGCUUAUCAUUCAAAAUGUAAUAAGGGAACCUGCUCAUGAAAUGUCUACUAGUCGUGAAAAAUUGACCUUACUAGAAGCAGGGUGGAGCUUCUGUCCAAUAUAAAUAUCAGUAGAAUUGUACCACUUUAAAACGAAAUAAAAAGAUGUGUUAAUUUUUUUUAUUGAACUUAUUAUCAAAUCUUAACUGGAAGAAAGCCUGACUGAUUCAAUAGAGUUUAGUUCCAAGGAAGUGUGAGAACCUUGCAAAACAGCCUGAUCCUAACCAUUGUUUACUUUAACGAAGAACCUCAUUGAAUACGCUUAGGAUUGCUCCUUUCCCGCCCAGCAAGCCGCUUACACUGACGAAAUCUUGCAGGAGAACUCUACGAUCAUGCCUAUAAAAAACUGAAUAUCAAUGCAUGCUUAAUCGGAAACACAUCCAUUAGGUUAAAUUAAUUUGCAAACAUGAAAGGGAGCUCGUACCAGCUGCUCUCUUGGUGUUAUGUAGCACAAAGUGUUUAAUGUACUAGAACAGAUCAAGAAUAAGUUUAAAAUGUCACAGCAGUUGUGUUUGUAUUUUAAUUUUAUUGAGUGUUUAUCUGUAACGUGCUAAGUCAAAAUAUAUUUUUAUUGUCAAAGUGCAUUGGAUAUUUUGAGCUUAUGUGCUGGAGGGCACCAAGAACAAUGCAAAAUUGUGUGCUAGGAUUUCCUUUUAAGAUGAAAGAUGCAUUUUUCUGAAAACAAAAUCCUACUUUAGGACUAAAGUUGAAAUAUGGAGGCAGGAUUUCAAAUGGUUUUUCAUAAAAACUAUGCAUGGCGACUAAUUAAUUAAAAUUAAGUUUUGCCCAUUUCUGCAUUUAACUUUACAUUUUGUGCACAAUCUAGCUUUUUCAAAUGUCAAACUAUCAAAUGCAUAGAAUCUUGUGGUAGUUAACAUUUUGACAGCCUAUUUGAAAUUACUGUAGUGUAACCUCUUAAAGAAAACAUUCAAUUUGUUCUUCACCAAAAAAUAGCCGCAAAUGUAUAGGUGAAGCUAUAUGUAAGAGAACAACAUUAUAUGCAAAGGUGGGGGGGGGGUCAUCAGAGGUGGUUUUUUUUGUGUCAGUCUACAGGAAUGAUUUCAUACGCAGCAUAAGCUAGAACACUCAAUAUUAAGGAGGUAUAUUGUGUACUCUGUGAUAAAACGUCAUCAUCUGGAGAUCCUAAUAAGCAUCUCUAGCAGGUCUAAGAUUGUGAUCAUACAAUUCCAGCCUUAGGUUUGCAUUCAUAGGGCCUAGAAACACAUUCUUUAGAAACAGAAAGCGAUAGGAUAUUGGAUUUUUAUGACUUAUAAAUGGCUUUUUGGGAAGGGGGAAUGAAAUUAUCGAAAAGCAAUGCCAUAUGGAUUUGGAAGGUCUUUUCUGAUUUCUGAAGUGGAGUCCACAGAAAUAAAAAAAACCUGUUUUACUCUGAUACAAUUUUUAAAAUUUUGUUUAAUUUUUUUCUUUCCUACCUUUUUCCAUUGGGUAUCCAAGAUGGCUGGGUGAAAGUAUAAAAUGCAAUAAACCAGACUAAAAUAUCAAAUAAAAUUAAGUAGCAGCAAGGAAAUGGUAAUCAAAGGGCAUUUUGAUUUUCCAUCCCCAAAGGUGACAGACACAUUGAUUUAAUGUUUCAUUGGCAGUAAAGUCAGUACUUUGCUCUGGGGAAGCAGUUUCAAAGCCUGGGUGCCACCACUGACAAAGUCAUGUCACUGAUCAUCAGUUGCCAUUCACCUAACCUGGGAAGGUAGGGAACCUGCAGCAAAUGGGUAGAUGGCAGAAAGCAGCCAUAAGAUUAUUGCAGUAUUUCUUGCUAGUGGAAAAACAAAAAAACAAAAACAAAAAACAGCUGAAGUGUAAGAACUUCUUGAAUCUAUUGUGUUGCUUUUUAAGGCCUAUAGGAAAACAGUUAAUUAAAGGACUUGAGAACUGCUAAUCUUGAAUCUGAGGGAUUUUUUUUUGCAGGGAGGAGUCUAUUCUAUCAACAAAACUCCCCCUUUCGUCAUCUUUUUACUGAGAUACUGUUCAUUUAUGUAAUAGAUACAACAAAAGAGAACCAAUAAAAUAUUUUGAUCUUAACAUUAAAAAAAAAAGCUUGCGAUUGGUUUGGCAAACCAUAUGAAAAAGCUGUGGUGGUCCUGUGCUCAUAAUUCAAUGUACUGGUGUAGGAAAUUAUUUCAGGAAGAAAAAGAAACACUUUAAUUUAUUCAGUAGAAACAAUAAUAACUAUUGAUUAAUCUAGAUACUCAAACUGCUUACAAAGUAAGGUCAGGAAAUCAGCUAUAAUUUGAGAAAUAUGAUUGACCUGGUGGCUGUAAACGCCACUUUGUUAUGGUUCAUGGAAACCUUGCAAAUAGGUCCAUGAAAGUUACUCCCUUGCAGAACUUAUCAUCUCACUUGUUUGAACUUACACUAUAAAUUACUAAUAUAGGUUAGCAGCAGUGCUGUGGAACUUCCGCUCCAACACUGGUGUUGCUGCCACUUUUAUUGGAUGGACGAGGGGUGAGGCAGGGGACCAACAGUGAGAUUGAGGUCUAUAUGCAAGUACCCAAGUGGCUCUGCCAGUAAUUCAAUGCAGUCUCAACUUCCUGACUCCCCCCACGCUGUCCAGAUAAGCUGCAGUGACCCCAGUGUCAGGAGGGCAGCUGUGCAGCUGGAAGCUACUAGGUGUUCCCAUUUUGGAAAGUGUAUUGUGUGUUCACAGCCAAAAUAGUAUUCUUUCCUCUAUGGCUUAAUAAUAAAUAUUAUUGCUUAAUAAAUACAUUGGUCUAAAUGUAUUAAAAAGUGACACAGGACUCUCUUGUUGUUUUUGCUGCAACAUAUUAACAUGGCUACCCCUCUGGAAAGUGCUCCUAAGCUUUGCUGAUGAGUAGUUUAAAGCUGCAACCAUAAACAUAUAUUGCAAAAGCAAACGCUACAGAAAAAUCAGUGGGAUUUAUUUCCAAGUCAGUAUUUUUAAGAUCAAAGUGUGGACUCAGCUAAACUGGUAAAAAGAGAGAAGUGAUUCAUAUGUGUUGUAUAUGCAAUAUAACAUUGUGCCACCAGAUGGUGACAUGGAGUCCCAUUUUUCUUUACCUGUUUUCCGUUUAAAUUUACAACACUUUAAACUGAAACACUUCUUUGAUGUGUCUAGAUCCAGCCUGUAACAAUUCACUGUGUUCUCAAUUAGCAUUAAAACAUGUUAAUUGUUUAAUACCAUUAAAAUCCAUGCUUUGCGGCUCUGCUUCACUGCUCCCUGGCUCCUGGUCUCAUUGUCCUGAAAGGCUACAACCAGUGAGAGAGAGACCACAACCCUGAGUUCAGAUGACAUGACAAGCCAAGACUUGUAGUUUGUUGCUUCCAGUAUAGUGAGGCCGGAAAGGAGUGAAUUGGGGACUUUGUCAUGAAACCAUAGUUGAACAUUAACUAUGGUUUAAUAUGAAGUGUGAACCUGACCAACAUUCGUUUCAGGUUUCUGUUUUGUUUUUGUUUUUAAAAACACCAUCUGCUUCUUUUCUAGUUAGCUGAUUUUUACAUGUUACUUCCUUUUUUGUUGGAACUUUGAGCCUGCUGCCAUAGACAGUUUUAAAAUGUUUUUCAAGCCCAAUCAGCUUUGCUGAUGAGUAGUUUAAAGCUGCAACCAUAAACAUAUAUUGCAAAAGCAAACGCUACAGAAAAAUCAAUGGGAUUUAUUUCCAAGUCAGUAUUUUUAAGAUCAAAGUGUGGACUCAGCUAAACUGGUAAAAAGAGAGAAGUGAUUCAUAUGUGUUGUAUCUGCAAUAUAACAUUGUGCCACCAGAUGGUGACAUGGAGUCCCAUUUUUCUCUACCUGUUUUCCGUUUAAAUUUACAACACUUUAAACUGAAACACUUCUUUGAUGUGGCUAGAUCCAGCCUGUAAUAAUAUAUGAUUAAUAUAUUCAUAAGGGACGCGGGUGGCACUGUGGUCUCAACUACUGAGCCUAGGGCUUGCCGAUCAGAAGGUCGGCGGUUCGAAUCUCUGCGGCGGGGUGAGCUCCCCAUUGCUUGGUCCCAGCUCCUGCCAACCUAGCAGUUCAAAAGCACGUCAAAGUGCAAGUUGAUUAAUAAGUACAGCUCCGGCAGGAAGGAGGUAAACGGCGUUUCCGUGCACUGCUCUGGUUUCGCCAGAAGUGGCUUAGUCAUGCUGGCCACAUGUCCCGUAAAAACUGUCUGUAGACAAACGCCAGCUCCCUCGGCCAGUAAAGCGAGAUGAGCGCCGCAACCCCAGAGUUGUCUGCGACUGGACAUCUGUCAGGGGGUCCUUUACCUUUACUUUUAAAAAAAUAUAUUCAUACAUCAUUAGGUUUCUGGGAACAUCAAGGGAUCAGGCCUAUGUUUUUAACCCAAUUUUAUUACAUUAGCCCUACCUAGAGAAUAUUAGUUGUGCCUCAGGCUGCAUUCUUACCAUGUUUACACAAGAGUAAGUCCCCUUGAACUCAUUGGUAUUAAUGGAUAGGACUUCCAAAGAAGAUAGUUCAGAAUUAGAGUUUUGUCUAAAAUGAUUAAUGCUACUUAUUUUCUCUUUCUGCAGUAAAUUCAGUUUGUCCAGUCUGGCUCAUUCACUAGCUAAUAAAAUGAAGCAUAUAUUCAUAUACAAUGCAUUGUUACAUAGUGGAAAGGGUGGUUAUCACAGCACUCUCUUGAAGUCACUAGUGCCAUAGGCAUCAGCUCUCAGCUGUGCCCAUAAUAUAAAUAUGACCAGAACUAUAAUACUUUGAAGAGCCUGAAGAAAUGUCUUCAUGCUCAGAGUUUAGGUACAUUAUUGAGUAUUACAGUUUUGUAGCUUUACCGUAAUACAUUUUUCAGUAAUUUGAAAGCCAUAUCCUAUUUUAUUAAAAUAACCUGUGACAUAUUAUUUUGCUUCAUAGUCCCUGCAUUUGUUUUAAGUAGAAAUAUGAGAAACCUCAAUUUCUAACUCAUUCUGCAAUUAUUUUAUUUAUUGAACCCCUAUUCUAAAUUGUUAAAAUUUCAAAAAGAUAGAUGCCUUUCAUCUCUACAUUUACUUUUAUGUAAGUGCCUACUCUAAAAGAAAUCUAAUGGGAUUUAAGAAAUAACAAAGAUGUAAUUCAAAUGCAAAUAUUACUUUGCAAUGGGCAUGUUGGUAAGUGCAGGCUUCUUUUAAUAGAGGUAGUAUUUCUUAAAAGCAUGGUUAUUGAAACAAUAUUUUCCCGUGUAAUUGCAGAACAUGAGACAAAGGCACAAACUAGAUUUAAUAACUAAGUGCAAUGUGUAAUAUUUUCAGAUUUUAGCUUUGCUGGUCCUAGUCAAAAUAACUCAACAAGACUAAGUAAUGCUAUCAGAAGAUGGCACAGGCAGAGUCUUAGUAGAUGAACCUCAGUUUCCAGAAGAACUUGUGCAUUUGUUCGUUCUUAGGAAUAGAAAAAAAAAUAAAUCUGUUUCUGUUAAGUAGUUGGUGGCCCGUCAGGAGAAUAUGAAAAUGAUGUUGGAGUGUGACAUGUCUUUUCUCCGUUAUUGACUAUAAGCUCAGUCUCCUGGCUCUAAAUGUAGUAGUUCCCACACCAAAUUGUGCCAGUUAUAGAUAUGUUAAUAGCUUCACUUAGCUUUAUAUUCUGAACUUUUUCCAGAUCUGGCUACUUUGGAAUUAGAUUCUUCUCUGUAGCUGGAAUGAGUGUUCUGAUUUCCCAUUAGCAAAUCUGCUGGCUACAUUCAAUGCGUAUUUCUAAUUACUUCUUAAAUUCUGGAUCUGAUAACAUAAUUUUGGAACUCCUCUAACUUGUAUGCAUUUGUGCAGUUUCUUGACAAGGUGUCUGCUAUUAACAGUUUCCAUCCCAUGAAACAAAUUUUCCUAUCAUGUUCAAUCUCCUCAGUCUUAUUAGAAGACAUUGGUAUAGUAAUGUACUUCAUUCAUUUCCCCCCUUUUACCAAGCAUUUAUGGGUCUAUGAGGAGUCAUAAAAAAGGUUGACCACAUAACUAUCUGUUAAAGGUUUCAAAAAUAUCUUUUUAAAAAAAACCAGUGUGCUUUUGUUUCAUUGCUUCAUUAAGAGUUAUUGGACAGAAUGUGGCUGGCAUCCAUUCUGAGACAUGUUGUGGGAGCAUUUGUAGUAGCUGUAGUAGCACUUCAAGUAGUACAACUAGCUGCUUGCAUCUUCAUGAACCAUUGUAGGUUUGUUGACAUCACAAAUAUGCAAAAUUUGGGACAUUGGAGAUCACGUUCUUUAUCUUUGUGAAGGAAGCUUCCUGAUUCCUCCCUGGACCUUAGUAACAGGUUUAGUGGUUAUGAGAUGUCUUGCAAAUACAUACAUAAAUAAUUCAGUAUUCUCCAAGAGCAUCUUAGUUAUAUAAUGUUACUGGGAUUCUCUCUAAUGGCAGUUACCUUUUCAAAGCAUGGCUUUGCCCCAUGAAUUCCAUUUCACUUUGAUAACAUACACUUUGUUUAGUAUGAGUCCGGAUUAAAAGAUCCAAUUCAAGGCAAUGACCAGUGUUUUGUCAUGGGCUUCCAUUCAUGUUUCAUGUAUUAGGACACCAUCAACUAAUACAAUUACUUCUUUCAUGUUUGAGGAGUUCAUUUUAUUUCAGAGGAGCACUUGCGAUUCCAAAUGGGAAGUGUUAAAAACUGAAUCUCCCAAAAGGGGUGAUCAGUAUAGUCAAUUUAAUGCUCUGGUUUGUCAAAGGUAUUUGCCAGGCUUUCAAGAAAUGUAAGGUGACAGACAAAAAGCCUUCUUUCAAGCUUCUCUUUCCAUUUGUCAGCAGUACGGGUCUGUAAAAGAUAGCUUAUUUUCACUGUUGCCUUGAGAUUGAAGUACUGUAUAUCUUCCUUCUGACUCAUCCCCCAGUGCAGUUGGUACUGAAGUUUGUCUGAUAUAAGGAUGCACAAAGAAGUUUGUUUCUAUAAACAAAAAUUUCAUGUGUGGGAUAGUUAAUAGGCAAAGUAAUAUGGCAGCAAUGACAUCAAAUGAGAAAUUGUAUCAAGAGCUUAGUGAAUAGUAGACAUGUGUGUGUUUUCUGAGCUUGUAUAAUUAAGGUGUUGAUAAGAGUACAAUGCACCUUAUCUAUGGCAUGCAGGGGACAUUAUUGAUGAGGAAGUGUUUCUUUGAUUUACAGAUAAUCAUGUUGUCUGCAGUUAGAUUUUUUUUAAAGCUGCAUUUGAGGUGAGCAUGAAUUAUGACUGCACACCAUUUGUGUGUGUGUGUGUCCGUCCAAGGGAUUGCUAAGGAGCAGAACUGGUUUUAUUCCACAGCAAUAUCUAUAACUUGCCAUUGUUAAAAUAUUAAUUUGCCAAAGCAAAGAAAUGAAAACUCAAAGGCAGAGGUUUGUGGACUUUUCUAUUGUUUUGGAGUGGGUGUUCUCCACUAAACACUGGUCAAAGGCUAGAAGAGGUUUUUGAAACACAAAGUGACCACCUAAUAGUUUCAUCUGUAGGUGCUACACAGUUACUGACCAUGUGUGUUCAUGCACAAUGUUAUAUACAAAUAUGCACCCUUAAAUUUAAAAUUCAAAGGACAGGUGUAUAAAUUCAGUCAUCCUUAGAACAUCCUUAUUUCUUGUAACUUGACAACAUUUAUUUACAAUUAAAUAUGGUCAAUUUUUAAAAAAAAUUGCAUUGUUUAAAAUUUGGUAGGGAUUCCAGGGACAGAUAAAAUUCUUCGCGAGUUGUAUCCUCCCUACAGACUAUUGGUUGUUCCUGAGAUAGAAAGAAGUUUCAAACAGCCAGACAGCCUCAUUGUAACACAAUCAUGAAAUUGUUUCCUAGCAAGUAUGUUUAGGAUUGCAGCUUACAUUUCCCUGGAAAUUGCAAUAACAACUUACGCAUUCAGAAUUAGAAUACCGCAAUUCACCCAUGAAAUUAUAUCUGGUACAGACAUCCAGACAGAUUUCACUUUAGAUGUCUCUGAGCACCACAACAUUUCUCUUUUGUUUUCAUAUGCAGCGUAGCUGCGUACCCCAUUCUGAGGGGACGUUGAAUGUUCCAUCUAAUAAAAUUAAUGAAAGUAAGAGGGGAAAGUAAUUAAAUCUGUCUUGGUACUUAUCUGUUGGUUUCAGCUUUGAUUGCUGAAAUGAAAGCUUGGAGACAGCUGUUGGCAGACGUGUCAGCCCUUUUGAGUUUAAUAGUAGAGAGCUUUGUACAGGUAAUUAAUUACUGUACGGUUAUAGAAUAGUUGCCCAGUAGCCUCAUGUCCUUUUGACAUGUUUCUUUUUUUGUGUCGUUUUGUUUUGUUUUGUUUUUGCAUGUAUGUGUAUGCUUGUUUAUAUAAUACACUUCCCCCCACCACCCUGAGAGAAUAAGUUUAUCUGAUGUUUGGUCGAAGCUAUCUAUUUUAAUUCCCAAUUUUAUCAGUCAAACAGCAUAUGCUGUCAGGUAACUCCUUAAUUUUCAAAGUAAAAGAAAUAAGAGUUCUGUGGUUGAUAUCUAGUGAAUACAGAUUCAGAUUAAGCAUGGCAGACGUUUUGUGUUAAACCUUGAUUAAUCCUAGUAAUUUACCACACCUCAAGUUUACCAUCAAGGAUGAAUCACUUAAUUUAAAUGUCAGAGUUGAACUCAAGCUGCACACCUCUGGAUUGUUGUUUGCUUCAGCCUAAAUAUCUGGAGCCGUCACAAACACUUUGUGUAUUGACUAUACCUUCUGAAUUCCUGGAUGUUAAUUCCUGCUGACAUCCAACUACCCAUCAUGUUCACAGAAAGCUUGAGAGGUAGAUACUGCAUGGCUCAAGGCUGUUCAGUUACCAUUGGUGCUACUUGUGAAGUAAAAAAAAGCAAAACAGAAAACUGACCCGAGUGAUUUAGCAAGGCAGAGGUCACUAAGAAAAGCAGAUUCAGUGCAAUGGGAGGAACAGAAAUUGUGUUGAUGGGUAUCUAACAACGAAUUAGCAAAAGAGGAAAUACUGAGUAAUAACCCAGCAUUCAAGAGAAAUAGGACAAAAAUUAUUUUAUUAUUGAUUUAUUAAAGGAUUCAUAUAAUCACUUUUCAUAUAAUAUGCAAAUGGGCAUACAACAUAAUUAACGUAAUAUAAUAAGAUUCAUUAAAACAAACCCAAAUACACAAUAAGAAAUAAAAAAAAGGCACUGUACAGAGUCAAUUGGUCAAGAGAAGGUUUCUUCAGUAUGGGAGAAUCAGGGUUAUAGCAAAUAUAGGGCAGGUACUAGAAGAAGAUAAGAGGUUAAAAUAUGCAAAAGAAACAUGAGUAGUAGGAUUUUUUAAUUGUAGGAGGUUGUGGAUUUUGUUUUUAUUUUGUUUUUAGAGGGAGGACAUGUGAUCCCUCACUUUCUGGCUGAAGUGGUCCAGUUAAUGGAAAAGUACUUCUUCAUGUUUGCCCAAAUGAAUAAAAUACAUGUUAUUUUUUGUUUCUUGAUAACUUAGAUAAGUUGUUUAACUUACUUGCCUUUAGAAGAACAGUUGAUCACAAAAAAUGUUUGCUUUAAUAACAUCUAAAUGAGCUAACAGGAUGCAAAGUACUGUAGACUAAUCCCCCCCCCCAAGGUAUUAGGGGGUUGACAUGUAAGUCACUAAGAACAUAAUACAUUAAAAUAACUCUCGGUGAAUGAAUCAGUGGCAUUUGCUUUCACAUGUGAACAAGACUACUAAGCCAAACCAAGGUUACACAUGCAUGAGCAAGUGUGCUGGUGCAGUUAGAAAAUUGCAGCUUCUUCGCUUCUCCCCUGUUUGUGCUGCUGUCAUGCUAUUGGUAGCUAAACCUAGGUUUGACUAAGCAUUGCAUGAGAACCUGGGCUUGUGAUUUGUCUUCCCAAGAAAAAAACAUGAGUGAUACGUCAAGAACAAAACAACUUGUGGUUUGUCCAUCCCACCCCUGUGCUGGAGAGGCUGCAAUAGUAUAGCUACAACAUUUCACAUGUGGAUGUGUGUGUAAACAUAUAAAGCCCUUCUGGCAGAGGGUAUUUACAGAAAGAAGGUAUAUUACCAUUCAACAUGUGGAAUGUACCUCAUGUUUUGGAUUGUUAGCUAUUUUUAAAGAAGGCCAAUUUUACCUCUGUUAUUAAGAACAAAUUACUUUUAUUUUAGUAGCAGUACACCUAUUACUGGCACAGAAUUGGAAAGCAUUGGAACAUACAGUGGUACCUCGGGUUACGUACGCUUCAGGUUACAUACACUUCAGGUUACAGACUAUGCUAACCCAGAAAUAUUACCUCAGGUUAAGAACUUUGCUUCAGGAUGAGAACAGAAAUCGUGCUCCGGCGGCCCGGCAGCAGCGGGAGGCCCCAUUAGCUAAAGUGGUGCUUCAGGUUAAGAACAGUUUCAGGUUAAGAACGGACCUCUGGAACGAAUUAAGUACUUAACCCGAGGUACCAUUGUAUGUGUAUCUCUCAUUGGAAACAGAAUGUAGGGUCUAUUGCUGUAUCAAAAAAAUAGCAAAGAGAUUGCAUCCAUUGAAUAAUAUAGGUGAUGUAGACGAUUUUGUUGAAAUAUGGUAAAAUAUAAAAUUAUAAAAUAUUUUUCUGAUAACCCUGAAAAAUGGCAACCAUCAAAAUCACAUAUUGGAAUUUGGCAAACAACUAUGUUUUGUUUUUGUAUCUUUUUAUGGUUUUUAAAAAAAUAAUUGUUAAUAUAUUGGAAAUCAAACAAACUAUAUUUAUUAAAAUAAAAAAAGAAAACUAACGACAGCAACAGCAACUUGUUGUUUGUUUUGAGCACACAACACAACGCUAAACCAAAACCAUGGCUUAGCUCUGGGUAGUAUGUCAGGAGUGGGGAGGAGUGAAGCUGCCAGAAUUUUCUAAAUCUGAACCAGCAUGCUUGCUCAUUCACACUAAGGCAUAGUUUGGCUUAGCAUUAAGUGCAAACCAGACUGGUUUGUGGUGCCCCAAGAUGAUGAGGUGUUUUUGUGCCAUCGUUAGCAUUUGACCAAAAAUGUAUAGGAAGUUAUAGAAGUUAGAGCCCCUUUUACAGAGCUGCUGACUGAAAAUACGAUUUCAAGCUCCUACACUGUAAGAGUUGAAUUGGAAAGUAUUAGUAUACAGAUGGGUCAUUUAAUUAUAGUUGAACCAAAUUUACACACACUGAAUAAUUUAGAAAGCUGAACUCCCUGGGCUCAGCAAUUAAGAAUAGCAGAAGAAAGCCAAGAAGAUUAAGAAGCCAAAUUAGCUUGUUCACAACAGGGAAAAGGCUAUCUUGUUUGUACUUGUUACACAGAUGCUGAAGGAGAAUAUCGUAUAUUGUUAGAUACUAAAAUAAAAUGAACUCACGAGUACUUUCCCAUAAGCCCUGCAACUAUUAUAUGCCAUUUAACGAGCAAGCUAAAUAAUCUCAUUGGAUGAGCUUAUGGUGUAAAACAUGGGAUAUGUGUUGCAGCCUGCUUGAGUAUGUGGUCUCCACUAUUGAAAUAUCUAUCAAUAAAAGUGUAUGACAUCUGUAGCUAGUGUUACAGGAUAGAUAUCUGUAACUACAGAAGAGAAAUGCUGAAUGGUGUACCAUUUCAGUUAGAAUUGCAGCUGCCUUUUGAACCUUAUGCUGUCUAAACCUUCAGAAAACAUUUUAAAUAAAAUAUGUAAGAUAUUUGUUUGCCAGGUUUCUGAUCUAUUUCCUUAUCAAGCUAUUUUCAUUUUCUAUUCCAUUGGAAAGAUUGCUCCUUUUGCUAUAUAUUUGGCAUAGCGUGUUCUUAUCUGUGAAAUCUCCCCAUUCUGCCAGAAUCAUAUUCCACAGGGAAGAAUCUGCCGUUAUUAACAAGGUUUUUAUUGCCACACCAUUUCUAAUGAAUUAUGGAUAUAUUAUUUGAAAGGUUUCAGUUCUGUAGGUAACUUACCAUGAUGAUAUGUCCACAGGUAGACUGUGAUAACACAGUUACUAUCUUUAGAUGUCAUGAUAAACCAUGACAGGAACAAACCCAGGCAUAUUCAGACUAGUGCUUUUCUCCAACGCAGCCUUGAGAAGUUUGGAAGUGUUCAUUUGAUUAAUCACAUGCUGUCAUGUUGUCCGAACCUGGCAAACUCGGAUUAAACUUAACUAUGGUUUGUUUGAAACAAGCACAUUUCAAACCAUGAGUUAUUAAGUCAGCUUUCAUUAAAGUGGCCUUGUGAUCUUGUUUAUUGAGGACAUCCCUCUAUUUUGAAAGGAUGUCAGAAGGUGCCCUCUAUUAGAAGGACAAUAUUAUUAGAAUGACAUUAUUAUUAUUAUUAUUAUUAUUAUUAUUAUUCCCUGCCCGUCUGGUUCGGUUUCCCUAGCCACUCUGAGCAGUUUCCAGAAAAAUAUAAAAAUAUAAUAAAACGUCAAACUUUAAAAACUUCCCGAUACAAGGCUGCCUUCAGGUAUCUUCUAAAAAUUGUGUAUUUCUUUAUCUCCUUGACAUAUUAUGGGAGGGUGUUCCACAGGGAGUGUGUCACUGCCGAGAAGGCCCUCUGCACAAGGAGAGAGAACAGUGACUUUUCAGCUGCCCAUCAAAAGCUCAGAAUCGGAGAAUGUGCAGGCAAAGAAGCCAGCUGUUUCCAGCUAUGAUGAGAUGUGAUGUAUUUCUAAGGUGGCUCACCAGGCCUCCCCAAUUGACCUGCAAGCUUGUUGUGGGUGAGCCACGGCCACUUGUCCUAUGUAUAUUAUGUCAGGUGUGUGGCAGGUGGGGCUUGACUGAAAGGGGUUUUGCAGGUGCAGCAAUUUCCAGUUGGUUGGUUGGUUUUGGGGAAACACUGUGCAAAGAACUUUGCCAGCCUUACAUUUGGCUUUUGGGAAGCAAUCCACUGGGAAGUGCUGUCAAUCACCUGAUGUCAUUAUGAUAUCACAUGAUUGACAAGUGAGUUGUCCUGGUCAUCCAACACCCCCAAACAUUCAGGACAUGUUUAUUUAUAUCUCCCACUUGGAGUUUGAAGUGGUGCAGUCUACCGUACCACAUUAAGAUUCUGUCAUCUUCUACUGUAUGUGUCCUGCCGAGAUCUUGGUGAAGAAGACUUUUUCUGGCUUCAGCAGCAGUUGCUCCUAGUGUGGCUACUAUUGAAAGUCAACCCAAACAUGAUUAUGAAGGUAGACAUAGCUCCUAAAUAGCAGCUUCUCCUUAUCUCAGUCAGGGCACAAGUACAGCUGCAACCCUAUGCAAAUUACAUGGAAAUAAGCCCUACUGAGCCCAAUGGGAUCAGUUUCUGAUGUUUAUAGGAUCAGGUUGCAAGGCUCUUUGGGGCCAUGUAAAUUUAUUAGCCUCUCAUUUGUUUUCAAAUACAUCUGGGAUUUCAAAAGCCGAAAUGACGACCGGGGGGGGGGGUGUGGGGGUGGGAUUUUUGGAAGGCAGCGGUUUGUCCUGGAUCUUUGGCAAGUAAACCAAGAAAUCAAGCUCAGCAACUUUGGGGGUGUCCGAACUUUUACUUCUUGAAAUAUGGCAACCCUAGGUUAACCCUGACAUGUUUAGGGAAGCUUUUAAUAUUUGAUUAAUUAUUAUAUUUUAAUAUUUCAUUGGAAGCCACCCAGAGUGGCUGGGGAAACCCAGCCAGAUGAGCGUAGUAUAAAUAAAUAAUAAUAAUAAUUAUUAUUAUUAGUAGUAGUAGUAGUACACCCAGAGGCAUGAAAUCCACUUCCCUGUGUUGUAUUCCCCUAUGGAGAGACUGUUGCAGCAAUCAUAUAGCUCUUUCCUACUCAGCUGUCAUCUUCUCAGAAUUGUGUGUACCUGUUUUAAUUUGCAUUUCUAGAUGUAAAGGAUUAAUGUAUCAGGUGGCGUUCAGGUCCCCAGCACUUCAAAGCCUCUCCCCUUAUGGUGCAACCUCUGCUUAAACAUAAUUAUAUAGAUGGCCAGGUAUAGAUAUACUUAAAACUAGAUGAUUUCAGCAAAAACAGUGGAUCACUUUUCUAAAACAUUUAGAUCUGACACAUCUACUGUAUUUCAGCUUCUAUUUUAUGAAGGUAUGUAUGGCGUGACUAGUAAUGUAAUAUUUCCCAUUUUAGUACUCCAGUUUCAGCCUAUGCAUACUUUUGGAUGUGAUUUCUUAACUUAUUUGUUGCUCUUUUCCUAAUACACAGCACAACUUAUAUGUGCAUAGACACCAGGAAAGAUAGGUUAAGAAUUAAAAAUAACAAUUGGUAUCUGUGAGAAAGUCCUCACUAAUGGCAUUUCCUCUUUUCUCAUAUUUACUUUAGCAACUGUUUUAAAAUUGCAGUUACAAUUCAUCUCCAUGACUAAGCAAAAAAGAAAGAAAGAUGGUGCUCAUUCUCUGCACACUGAAGGCAUGCAGUUACUGUAAGGAAACCCCUGUUACAGUAGGAAUGUAGGAAGGGUAGUUGUACAAAUGAGCUCAGUUAUCUAACAGCAGCAGACAUAGCUGGACAUGAUUCUUGCUGCCUUGUGAUAACAUGCUGCAUAAUGCAGAUCGGAAUGGGGAGGCACAAAAACUCAAAGAUUGAUCUGCAGUUCCUAAUAGUCAUAGCAAAAUGAAAGAAAGAAAUCCAAUUUCAGCUAUAGCAACAUGCAGAGCAUAUAUAUUUCACCGGUGAUAUGGAUAACAUGAAUAGACCUCAAAGUGAAGACCUAUUAAUUACAAAGCUGUUCAGGGAGAAUGCUCUCUAGUUUGUUCCUUACUCAACAAUCAAUUAGAAAUUAAUUUUGACACAAUCAGAAUAUAUCACAUUAUUUGCGCAGCCAGCAAAAUGUUGGAAGCAGCUUUGUCGCAUUGGUUGUUAUUUUUUAAAGCUACCCAUUACUUGGCUCUAUGUUUACCCGUUUGUUAUGUAACUUCAUUGUUAGUACUGAUGCCAUUCUUUCCUCCAAGCAAAAGGAAGCUCUUCUUUCUGUUCUUUUCAAAUGUAGCCUUCCUUUCCAUGCUCAGACCCACUGAUCCAUUCUCUGAUGUGCUUGCUUUGCUGUUUCUUUCCUAGUUCACCAUCAUUUGAUCCUUCCAGUGAGCAUUACGUGUUUGCCAGUCAGUUCCUUCCUUCAAACUUCUAAGUCACUUAACAGACAGACCCCAGACAAAUCUGGCAAUUGUUUUUUUAAAAAUGAUGAAAUAAUUUUUUAAAGCUUGUUUUAAAAGUGUAGGGCAUGGGUAGGCAAACUAAGGCCCAGGGGCCGAAUCCGGUCCAAUCGCCUUCUAAAUCCGGCCUGGGGACAAUCCUGGAAUCAGUGUGUUUUUAUAUGAGUAGAACGUGUAAUUUUAUUUAAGAUGCAUCUCUGGGUUAUUUGUGAGGCUGCCUGGUGUUUUUACAUGAGUAGAAUGUGUCCUUUUAUUUAAAAUGCAUCUCUGGGUUAUUUGUGGGGCAUAGGAACUCGUUCUUUCUUUUUUCAAAAUAUAGUCCGGCCCCCCACAAGUUCUGAGGGACAGUGGUCCGGCCCCCUGCUUAAAAAGUUUGCUGACCCCUGGUGUAGGGGAAAGAAUUACGAUGAGGAAACAUACCGCUAUGAGUUUGUGGGCUGUGUGUCUGUGGGUAGGCUGUAUGCCUCCUAAUUCUUGGAUCCAUCAUGGAUUCAAUUCCUGGAAUAGCCAGGUGAGCUUCCUGGUGAGGUAAUGGCCCUCUAAGUAUGGGUCAUUAAGGUAGCAAAAGAAGUGGCUCUGUGCCAGACAACAAAAUGGGCAGGCCUCUUUCCCUCAACUGUCUGUCAGUUACAAUGACAAAGAGUUUGGAGUUUGAGUUGAGGUGUGAGCUAGAAAUUUGUUUCAUUGCUUUAAAGAAGUUGAAAUGAGGGGUUUUUUCAUCCAAAUGAAGGAACAUUCGUUGGGGGCACUGCUGUAUUCUAACAACUCACAUUUCUUGGUGUGAAUAGGCAGAUGUGUAAACCAGCUGCUCUUUUGCUUCACUACCUCUUCAACAUAAAUUAUGAAAUGCGUUUAAAAGUGGGAAGAUGAAAUCUGGGAAAUGUUCAGGAAGAAAAUACAUACUGUAUAUAUUUGGAAAUACUGCAUCCAUGUCAGAAAUGCUUAGUGUAAUUUCUGUAAAGACAGAAAACUUAUCCCAGAUAAACAGAUUCAUGGCAGGUAACAUAGCAGAGAUGCAGAGACAAUAAUACAGCACUGAAAAGAUUUUUUUCUUCUUCUUCAUGCCAUCAAAGCAUAGAACUUGCCCCAUUGCUGUCUUCCAGGCUCACUCUGUUCAGCUUAGAAAUGCUGCGGAAUUAUUUCACUUUGAUGCUGACAACUGAUGUUAACGACACACAAAUAUAGAGAAAAUGAAUCUAAGCAGAAGUAGCAUGGUGGAUAGGCUAUGGUUCUGUUUUAGUAGCAGGUAGAAAAUAAUGGUACUGCAAUGUUUAGUCAAUUCAACAUGCCCUCAGUUAACCAGGAAGGUUUUUUGUUUUUUUGUUUUAAAAGGUUAAUUACUUUUUAAUACAAGUACAUACAAACACAAGGGACGUGGGUAGUGCUGUGGGUUAAACCACAGAGCCUAGGGCUUGCUGAUCAGAAAGUCAGUGGUUCGAAUCCCUGCGAUGGGGUGAGCUCCCGUUGCUUGGUCCCAGCUCCUGCCAACCUAGCAGUUCGAAAGCACGUCAAAGUGCAAGUAGAUCAAUAGGUACCACUCCGGUGGGAAGGUAAACGGUGUUUCCAUGCGCUGCUCUGGUUCGCCAGAAGCGGCUUAGUCAUGCUAGCCACAUGACCCAGAAGCUGAAUGCCGGCUCCCUCGGUCAAUAAAGCCAGAUGAGUGCCACAACCCCAGAGUCGGCCACGACUGGACCUAAUGGUCAGGGGUCCCUUUACCUUUACAUACAAACACUACUGGUGGGCGCUAUCAUAGAACAGGUAUACAAAAGGUGAUAAAGCUGAUCUGGGAUUUUUCUAAGUACUUGCAUUAAAAAAUAAUGCCUUGUUUGUUGCAGAAAUAUAAUUAUUGUAAUUGUUUGAAUAGUUUUAGUAAUUGGUUUAAUUAUUUUAUUAUUGUUCUUAUUUUUUGUUAUAUUGCUGUUCUAAUAUGAAUCUUGUAACAUGCCCAGUGAUCCUGGUACAUGAAGGGUUGUUUAGAAAUAUAAUAAACAAGUAAUACUAAAAGUAAAAAGUAAUGUGCAUAAUCUCAAAAUUGAGUGUUGUUUCCCUUCAGGAUGAUUGAUGUUUUAUUAAUAUGCAAAUACGUUACAUUAUUACCCAGACAGUUAUUUGGCUACAGGCUUUUGUGUGUGUAACAACCCUAUUUUAGACAGUAUACUAACAAUAAUUUCUAAGAGCAAGAGACUAGACUGCCAGGAAGUUCUUAUUAGUUCUUUGUAGAAAACUGGGUAUAUUAAUAAAAUAUAUUAAUGUGUCAAAAAGUAAUAAUUAAGCAUAAUCUAAAUUGAAUUAUUGCACUGUUCAAAGCCAGAUAUUACAUUUCCAUAAAAGCAGAAGAUUUGCUGCUGUCUGUUUUGCCAUGCCCAGACACACUGUUCCUCCUUUUCCACCCCUAUUACUGCACCUGCUUGAUGGGCAAAUUUGGGGUCUGAGGCAAAAAUAACUUGUUAAAAGAUCCAGGUCCCCAUGAUGGUUGGCCUUGUCCUUACCUCUUAGUGACAGUAUUCCUCACUUGUAAAAUAUGAGGUGUUUGUGCAUCUAUGCUAGCCACUUCAAGAGUUUUGUGUUAGAAUCUCUGAUCUAUGCAGGUGCUGAUUGACUUGUUUUGCACCUGGCUCUGAUUAGUGGAUCUCAGAAUUCUAGUAAAAAACAAAGUGGAUCCCACAAAUCCAAAGACUGCCCAUUCUUGAUUUAAAUGAUGUUUUAAAUGUGAUUAGGGGGAAUUAGGCUGGUUCACAGGACACAGUGAGCCAAAUUUGAAAGCCAAGAACAAGCCAAGAGCAAAUAUAUCCUGACCAUCUGGCUGGGUCUCCCCACUCUGUGCAGCUUACAACAUAUAUAAAAACACAACAAAACACCAAACAUUAAAAAACAAAAUACCCUAUACAAGCAACAAACCAACCAACCAAUAAAUCAAUAGAAACCAAUAACAACAAUAAUAACAACGACAAUAAUAAUAAACAGUUUACAAUUAUACCCAAAUUAAAGUAAUCACCAGCCCCAACUAAACAAUUUAAUCAACCCCAACCUGACAAAAAUGAAGCAGAGGAACCAAAAUUAGAACCUUUUAAAACAUUUCAGCCAGUUGUCCCACCCCAAGAGUUAUUCCAGCAAUGUCCCUCUGGUCUCCCAGGAGCCUUUUAGCUGUUUAGGGUGAGUGUGGGCUCCGCCUCCUAGGCCAGGUGGAAAUGGGCCUUGCAGCAGGGAGUGCUCUUCGUUCUAGCACUCAUAGUUUGUGCGGAGAGAGUUUAGCCAUGAGUCCUGGAUUGGAUAGUCUGCUAAGACAAACUUUGGCUCGGUGUAGUCUGCUAUGGCAGUGAAAAGGACCAAGGAGGAACAAAGCAGCUGCAAGCUCUUCUCUGUAAGCAAACAUGUUUCUUCUCUCAGUAAGCCACUGUUUGGCUUACCAUUGUGUCAUGAAAACAGAGUUAAGUUCCUUUUUAUCAGAGCGUUUUCAAGAAAGACAAAAUGACACAAAUCUCAUAAGAGUACAACCCUUUAUUAUUUAACAAGCAAUAAGCAAUAAAAACUCAUUCACUCAUUCAUUCAUUCAUUCAUUCAUUCCUUUCAUACCUACCAGAUGGUUGGACCCACUAAAAGAGAUGGCCAGUCUCUUUUAAGAGUCUAUGGAUGGCAUCCUCCUGCAGGUAGGACAGCACACAAAGUUCACCAGGCCUUCCCAAGGCUCAGGUCCCCUUUUGGUUACAUUGUCUUGUAUUGAAGGAGGUUGAUAGCUGUCAUCAUGCUGGUUCCUCAAAUAUUUUUUUUUUUUUUUUUUUAAAUCAUAUUUAUUAAAGUUUCCAAAAAUAUAAAAAUACAAAGAAAAAAGACAAAAGAAAGAAGAUAUUUAAAAACCUUACUUUCAUUCCCUACUUUCUGGGACUCCCCCCCCGCCCCAUUGUAUUCCCCUUUCCUUAAUUUGGUUCUACAAGCUGUAACUCCCAAUUUAAAGCUUAAUUUGUUUAACCCACUAUCCAGAUUGAAUUGUACAAAUCUUACCACCGUCCCACAUCAUUAACAGAAAAGAAAAAGAUUUUCCCCAAGAUCCACCCCAGUUCCUUCCACAAAUUCCCUUUUUUUAAACACGUCCGAUCAAAGUAAAAUAACAUGCGUAAGUUAUGUAAAGAAAUAGAAAAUAAGAGAUAUAGAAAAAUUCAAAAAUUGGUUACACAGCCUUUGGAUUUCAAAUCUCCCCCCUUCCCGGUUUGAAUUCCCCAUGUCCAUCAGUCUAUACAUUAUCAGCUUGGAAGUCUCAUUUCAUGACCAGAUUUCUCCCGAUUCCAUCUUGCCGGUUUUCUUUUAGUUUAUUAAUUUAAAUAAUAUUUGACUUCAAAUGUCCAAUCUAACAAAGGCCUUUAAUUUCCUUGAUCUUUACCACUCCUCCCGUUGUUCUUUCCGUGUCGUAAUCAGUCCUUUAUUCUUCUUAUUCCUCACUUUCUCAGGUUUCUUGUCCUGUUCAGCUGCUAAAACUUUCUAAUUCAGAAAUCUAGUGUCUCUGCAGAGGUUUGUUAUUCAGGAACAAAAACUUACGUCCAGUCCCUUCCUUUCUUCAAUAAAAAAUUCCAUUGUCUUCCUCUGUAGACAAAAUACUCUUUCAGUUUUGCAGCUUUCCCAGAAGAUAACAAAUCCUGUACGAAUCCCAGGGUAUUUUUCCACUUACGACCGUUCUUGUAGUAUCCCGAAACCCCUCUAGGGGGAUUGUAAUAACUUUAUAUCCUCUAAUCCAAAAGUCAAAUUGUUGCUUAUUUUCCAACAGUUUAUAUCCAUAUUAUAGCAAAUUGUAACAAAAUUAACCAGCAAGGUCCUCAUAACAAAGUCCUCUUUAUAUUCUCCAGCUUUGACAGCCACUUUGACAGCUGUCAAAGUCUCCGUCUCUCUUCACCAAGCUCCUCCACUCUUCUCCUCCAGCACAUUUCUUAUAAUUUCCCAUCGUGAAAUUAAUGAUUUUUAUCAGAGACAUACUUCCCUUUGGACCUUGGUUACCCAGUCCUUGUUUUGGAAUGCUUACAAUAGGGGGAUUGACUUCCUUUUAAAUCGCCCCGCUCGUGCCAAAUCCAAAAUUUUGAACCCGGUUUCCCAAUUACUCACGGGUUGUUGUUAAUAGUCCAAAUUUUCAAUAGAAGGAGUCAGCGGUCUCCGUCGAAUGGCAUGCGGCUGCGCUCGGCAGGAAAGCAGUGGACUCAAGCACCACGCCACUCCCGGCACCCGAUCCGAAGCCUUUUUAAAGGCUCCUUCACGAGUCGGGAGGGCGCUAAUGGUGCAAGCCGAGUCACCCAUGUCCACGGACUCCGUGCCCGUGGUUUUUAAGGGUCCCCGCGUCGCCGGCGCGGUAGGACCCAGCCCCUGCCGAGCAGACUCCCCCCGGAGCUCGGAGGGAGUCCGCCAUUCGGCGAUGGCGCUAACCCGGAAGUCCAUGCUGGUUCCUCAAAUAGAUAAGAAUAGUUAUUAGUUGAAAACAGUCUGGUUUCCGUUAUGUUGUCAUACUGUCUUUAUGAAUAGCAUGUUUCUUUCAACAUGUCUUUUUUAAGAACAGUCAUUUAUCUCAAUCAUCUUCUCACUUUGUCCCCUGAUUCACCCAGACAUGUUGUCAUACUGCUCAUCCUGUCUUGCACAGUCCAGUAACUGGUUCACUGUUCAUCCAUCCUGUUUAGCUGGCUCAAUAUUCAAUAGUUUGAUAAUGGUUCUUAGUCUAGCCAGUGUAGUGUAGUGGUUAAGAGUGAUAGACUCAUAAUCUGGUGAACCAGGUUCUCAUCUCCGCUCCUCCACAUGCAGCUGCUGGGUGACCUUGGGCUAGUCACACUUCUUUGUUGUUGUUUUUUUUUUUGAAUAAUUUUUAUUAAAGUUUUAAACAAAGAAAAAAGAAAAAACAACACACACACAAAAAAACAAUACAAAAUUUAACAAUAAAAACACACAACAUAACAAUUUAAAACAAACUCUCUUUUACAUUCCCAAUUUUGAAUUACUUAUUUUCUGGACUUCCUCAUACCUCCCUCUUUUGUAUUCCAAUCUACAUUAUUUGUCCAGCAGUUUCUUUUCCACUUUUUUAAACCCAAUCUUUAAUUUAAUGAAAUAUUAAAUUAUAUAGCUUCAGCUUUUUUAAACAUAAUCCUUGUUCUUAAUGUCAUAUACCUUUAAAUUUUUCCCUUUUAUUAUCCAAUUUCCAUUUCUUUAAACAUCUUUAAUCUUAAUCUUUAAUCUUAAUCUAUCCUUAGCUUUAACCUGUACAGCUGGAAACCACUUAUUUUCAAUCCAACAUCACUUUAACAUUCCUUAAUUUUGCAGUGUUUCUGAAGAUAGUCUUUGAAUUUCUUCCAAUCUUCCUCCAUCGACUCUUCUCCCUGGUCACGGAUUCUACCAGUCAUUUCCGCCAAUUCCAUAUAGUCCAUAAGUUUCAUCUGCCAUUCCUCCAGCGUGGGAAGGGCUAGUCACACUUCUUUGAAGUCUCUCAGCCCCACUCACCUCACAGGGUGUUUGUUGUGGGGGAGGAAGGGAAAGGAGAAUGUUAGCCGCUUUGAGACUCCUUCAGGUAGUGAUAAAGCGGGAUAUCAAAUCCAAACUCUUCCACCUUCAAUGCAAUAAGGUAAAGGUAAAGGGACCCCUGACCAUUAGGUCCAGUUGUGGCUGACUUUGGGGUUGCAGUGCUCAUCUCACUUUAUUGGCUGAGGGAGCCGGCGUACAGCUUCCGGGUCAUGUGGCCAGCAUGACUAAGCCGCUUCUGUCGAACCAGAGCAGCACACGGAAACGCCGUUUACCUUCCUGCUGGAGCGGUACCUAUUUAUCUACUUGCACUUUGACGUGCUUUUGAACUGCUAGGUUGGCAGGAGCAGGGACCAAGCAACGGGAGCUCACUCCGUCGCGGGGAUUCGAACCGCCGACCUUCUGAUCGGCAAGUCCUAGGCUCUGUGGUUUAACCCACAGCGCCACCCGCGUCCCUUUCAAUGCAAUAGUCCUUUGUAAAUUAAUUUAAGCAGUUCUUUGUCUUUGAUUCAAUAACUUUAUUUAUUCAUUUAUUCUUCAGAGCCACUAACCAUCCGCUUCUCAUUCAUACUUCAGACAUUCAUAUCCAUUCAUACCAGCAGACAUACUAAAUAUAACAUCAAUUAUAAAAUGAGAUCAUCUUUACAUCUGGUUCUCAGACUGUUCCUGUGACUUAAAAACAUCUUAGGAAAUCACAUAUAUUCUGUAAGAGAUUCAGCAUAUACCUGAACAUUAAUAUUGUAUUAAUAUUGUAUCAUUUGUCACAUAUAAGUGCCGUCCUUAUGAGGAUUCCUUCUUAUCCAUCCUUCUUAUCAGAAUAUAAGAUAAAGCAUAAGAGCAUCUGUUUUGUAACUGAAGGAACACACAAUUAACAGAGAGUGUGCUUACUGUUGCUUGAUACCUUGGGGAACUCAAAACCAACUAUAUUGAAAGAACACCCUUAAUACUAACAUAACACCUUUAUUCAUACACAAUUUAUGAAAAACACCUUUUCAUCCUAAGAACUGUAUACUAGGGCAGUGCGAUAUAUGGUUUUCAAUAUCAAUAUUCAAUAUUAUACUUUUAGUGGAGGCAGUUCACAUAUCUGGCUAAGUCAUACUAAAUUGUCAGGUGUGGUACAAGCAGGCAAGACUAGCCUAUAACUUUGCAUCCAUGAGUACUGAGGCACUUUGGGCCUAAAGAUGACCCUUCCCCUCGGGAAAACAUUAAGUAUUCACUACCUGAAUUUUGCAAAGAUUAUCCAAACAAAAUGUAUUAAGAAAUAAGUUCAAGUUUUGGGAAACCAAAGCUGCAAUGUGGAGUCUGGGAGUUAUGGGUUAAGCACUGAUUGAAAAUGAAGCAGUGUGACAAGUUUUGCAGGUACAAGCAAGAUUGAAAGAGGGAUAAUGUGGAACGCCUUGAUAAUAUCACAGCACAGAUAAUUAUGAAUAUGCAAUAAAAAGGUUGUCUGGAAGGGCCCUGUGUUGAAGUCUGACCAUCUCUACUGCAUUGCUCCUUCCUCAAAGAGCCCUAGAAAUUAAGGCAGCCUGCACAUGACAGCUCAUUUUUGAGGCACUGUAGAGUAGAUUACAGGCUGUUGCCACUCACAGACCCAGAAAAACAGGUCCAAAAAGGGUGUGGGGUGGAGGACAGGAAGCUGCCUCUGUUGUUUCUCUGUUAAGCACUAUUUCCCCCUCCCCAAACAUCUCCUGUUCCCAGGACCUGGCUGCCCGUAAGGUGGGCUGAGGCAGCUGCCUUUGGCAACAGAAAUCCAAGAGGCAGCACCCCCACGGGUGCAGAGAAGCAGCAACAGCAGCAGUGGUGGCUUCUUGCGAGAUGUUGCCGAGAACUUGAGAAAUUUCUCACAGUGCAUGAGAUUUCGUGAGAACUAGCUGGAAUCUGUUGCUGCUGCUUUGCAGGCACUGCCAUGCAAACCAACUAAAAGAAGCUUCGGUAGGGUGGAAGGCACUUUCCCAUUUUGCCUCAGGUGGGGAAAUGAGGUGCACUGUCCCUGCCAGUUCCUGAAAAAUUUCAGCCCUCGCCCCCCAACAACAGAGAAGAACAGGAAGAAAGAACUGCUUGUAAUGAAACGCUGAAGGAUCACAAAGUGAUUUAGCUUUGUGAGGGAAUAUGAGGCAAAAUUAAUAAUCAGUAUUAUAUGUAGGCUUUGGAUAGAAUCAGUUCUCUUGUUCCCUAUCCUGACUUCCAGCAUUUUCUUGUCAGGCUAAGCUUUCAGUUACGAAUUACACAAAAUCACAUUACCUUUACAUGAUAUAUUGCACAACGCAAACUCUGCAUGCUGAGGUCACCUUCUUUAUAGUGUCGUUUUCAUGAGAUGUUUUGGGAAAUGUCAGGCAGAUUUUAAAUCAAAGAUGUUCCACUCAUGAGCUGCUCUCAGAACAUAAUACACUAUCACUUAAUCAUUGGAAAAUGUUAUUGUGUGGCUGCAAUUCCUCCCUUUUCCCGACUUAGCAGAAUUCUAAAUCAUUGUGAUAAGAGUGUUUGGGAGGAAGGUCUCAGUCCCUGUAAAGACGUGUGGCUUUCUUUCUAAUUGGAUUGCCUUCACUAUGUGUUGGCCUUCAAGUGUCAUUAAUUUCUUAUACAGUCGUACCUCGGAAGUCGAAUGGAAUCCAUUCUGGAAGUCCAUUUGACUUCCAAAACAUUCGGAAACCAAUGCGAGGCUUCCGAUUGGCUGCAGGAUGUUCGGGUUCCAAAGAACGUUCACAAACUGGAACACUCACUUCUGGGUUUGCGGCAUUCAGGAGUCAAAACAUUUGACUCACAAUGUGUUCGGGAUCCAAGGUACGACUGUAGAUGAAACACUUAAGAACACAAGUUGGAAUCCUUAGACAGUGUGAAGACUUCACAGCAGGUGUGGGGUUGGCCAUAGGCCAACAGUGUGCAUAGCCAACACAAAAUGGAGUGUGAACACUUUCCUGCAUAUCUCUCUCUCUCUCUCUCUCUCUCUCUCUCUCUCUCUCUCUCACACACACACACACAGAGACAGAGAGAGAGAGAGAGAGAGAGAGAGAGGGAAUCAUGCCACACUCACAAAUACUGCAUACAAACAUGCAUAAAAUUUGGCUUGAAAAAAGCAUUUCAACUUUUUUCUAACAGCCAGAAUAGGAGUGAUCUUCUGGCAGAUUGUCCCUGAGGAGUGGGGGGGGGGAAGGGUUCACCUGGCCAUCCCCAAAUGGACUCUUUGGGAAGAUUGGCCCACCUCACUGCAACAAUUAUGCUUUAAACCCUCCCCUUCCCAGCUGCAUACCCCCUUCUGUUAAUUCCCUUCUGGUGUUUGAAACAGGACUUUGAUAGGAGCGAAUAAAUGCUUUUUUGCAAGCCUGAUUGUAGUAGGGGAGGGGUAAGCAGGAGAGCCCCAGGGAAUGAAUCAGACAUGCAAGCUUGCAGUUCCCCACUUUUUCUUCACAGAGCAAAAACCAAAUCCCCACAGUGUGCCAUGUUAUUUGAGGUGGAUGAAUGGUUUUAUGCAACAAUAUUGCCUUAAAUGAAUGCACAGAAGGGCAUUCGGUGAAUGCAAUCUUCUUGUACCCUAAAAUUAAGGAUCUGAAAGCUUGAAAAGACACAAAAGGUGCACAAUUUUGUAUCUGCAAGUGCUCUACAUGUUUGGAUGAACACUUGGUCAAGAGAAGUAGGGUCAGCAUGUAUGCUUUGCUAUCCCUCUGAUGUAUUCAUUGAACAUGUGAUUAUGCUUACAUUCCUAAAUACACUUUGAAAAAUGGACUACUCCCCCAAUACUUGUAAAAUAGAAGCCCUGGGAAAUACUAAAGGGGAAACUACAUUUUCCAGCACCCCUGGUGGCUACCUUGCAGUCGUAGCUACAUGCUGGGUAGGUGGAAGGAAAGAGAGAUCAGGGAGCUGGGGUGGGGGUAGAGCUUUCCCCCUCUCAAGAGAGUGGGAGGGUAUUUGAAAUAAGACAGGAAGGGAAGGAAGAAGAAGUUGACUUCUCCCAUUUGGACUGAAAUCCAAGCCUAAGAAUGAAAUGUGGCUGUAAUCCUCACCUUGUAUUUUGAGGUAAACAUUACCAGUUGCUGUUAUUAGGUCUUCCAAAUGACGAAUUUCAAAAUUCAGCAGCGCUCAUCAUUAUAAACAGCAGGACUGAUACGAAUGAGGAACAGCAAAUAGUACUAUAUAUCAAGCUACUGUUUUCUUUUUGGAAAUGCUUCAGUUACCUUUCAUAAUACAUAUUUGUAUCUGUAAUAUGUUCGUGACACACAAACCCAUGUGUUUUAAGCUGUAUGUUGGAAAGUGACGCUACUGCAUGUAAAUGAGAGAAGCCAGCAAAAAUACCUGAACGUUUUUUGCUUUCCCCUUUCGGGUUCCUUCCUUGUGUCAUCAGGAGCUAUUUACUCUGCAGGAGCCUUUCUGCAGUGCACCAGUUCUCUGCUUUUGGUGCACUCUUGGUUAGCAAUAGUGUGGGUUAAUCCAUGGGGAACUGGUGGGCAGAUAGUCUUGCCUCUUGAGCAACGGUGACUGUAGAUCCUGUGUUCUUUUUUAGUUUUGUGAUUCUAUGCAGAACAAACAAAACAUAAAAUAUUUUCUUGUGUUUGUUUUUCUUCUCCUAGGUCUUGUUUCGGAACCGAAUGUGUCUUGGGAGUCUCUUGCUGCUGCUCUCCAGCACACAAUAGUUCCCUUGCACACGGAAUCAGUUCAGUCACACAUUGAUUAA